AUGACAGCAACUCACGAUGUUGGGCAGCGAAGCCUGGCGGAUGCACAGGAAUUGUCCGAGUUCCGGGCAAAGGUUAAUCGUGGGGAGCACUCACGAAUAAUUGACUUCGCGUGGAUACCGCCAGUGGAAGACAGAAUCGUUCUUAAUAGGUGGCAGAGACUUAUAGUUGAGAAAACUGGUGCACAAAGUGUUUUUUUUGACAAUAGUAACACCCAGUUUACGACAGUGGCAGUCAGUUUUGAUGAAGCUGAGCUGGCACCGCGAAUUGUUGAAGUGUUGGAGAACUGGAUCCGUGUUUGGCACGAUAAGUACACCGCGCAGCGACCAGCGGGGCAGCGAAGCCUAGCGGAUGCACAGGAGUUGUCCGGGUUCCGAGCAAAGGUUGAUCAUGGGGAGGACUCACAAACAAUUGACUUCGCGUGGAUCGACCCGGUGAGAGACAGAAGCGUUCUCAAUGCGUGGCAGAGAGAUAUGAUUGAGCUCACUGGUGCACAAAGUGUUUUUUUUGACAAUAGUCACGGCCGGUAUACGACAGUGUCAGUCAGUUUUGAUGAAGCUGAGCUGGCACCGCGAAUUGUUGAAGUGUUGGAGAAGCGGACGUGUGUUUGGUACGAUAAGUGCACCGCGCAGCGACCAGCGAGUGAUACUACCGCAGCGUUUACCCUUAUCCCGACUGGUAAGCGUGUCAAAAUCGACAUGGGCAAGAGCAGUUGA